AUGCGUACGAACUGGAUCAGACGUACACAAUGUUUAACGGCUGAAGUAACUUGCGUAGUCGAUCACUAUGCCACCUGGUGGGAGCGUCUCUCAUCCCUUUGUAACAAAACAGGACAUCACAACGGCAACACAUACCGUGACAGUAACAAAACAGGACAUCACAACGGCAACACCGACCGUGACAGUAACAAAACAGGACAUCACAACGGCAACACAUACCGUGACAGUAACAAAACAGGACAUCACAACGGCAACACAGACCGUGACAGUGGCAAAACAGGACAUCACAACGGCAACACCGACCGUGACAGUAACAAAACAGGACAUCACAACGGCAACACCGACCGUGACAGUAACAAAACAGGACAUCACAACGGCAACACAUACCGUGACAGUAACAAAACAGGACAUCACAACGGCAACACAUACCGUGACAGUAACAAAACAGGAAAUCACAACGGCAACACCGACCGUGAAAGUAACAAAACAGGACAUCACAACGGCAACACCGACCGUGACAGUAACAAAACAGGACAUCACAACGGCAACACCGACCGUGUCAGUAACAAAACAGGACAUCAAAACGGCAACACAGACCGUGACAGUAACAAAACAGGACAUCACAACGGCAACACCGACCGUGACAGUAACAAAACAGGACAUCACAACGGCAACACCGACCGUGACAGUAACAAAACAGGACAUCAAAACGGCAACACAGACCGUGACAGUAACAAAACAGGACAUCACAACGGCAACACCGACCGUGACAGUAACAAAACAGGACAUCACAACGGCAACACCGACCGUGACAGUAACAAAACAGGACAUCACAACGGCAACACAGAUCAUCACGACAGUGGCAAAAUAAGACGUCAGAAAGGCAACACAUACCGUGACAGUGGCAAAACAGGACAUCACAACGGCAACACCGACCGUGACAGUAACAAAACAGGAUAUCACAACGGCAACACAUACCGUGACAGUAACAAAACAGGACAUCACAACGGCAACACAGACCGUGACAGUGGCAAAACAGGACAUUACAACAGCAACACAUACCGCGACAGUAACAAAACAGGACAUCACAAUGGCAACACAUACCGUGACAGUAACAAAACAGGACAUCACAACGGCAACACAUACCGUGACAGUAACAAAACAGGACAUCACAACGGCAACACAGACCGUGACAGUGGCAAAACAGGACAUCACAACGGCAACACCGACCGUGACAGUAACAAAACAGGACAUCACAACGGCAACACCGACCGUGACAGUAACAAAACAGGACAUCACAACGGCAACACAUACCGUGACAGUAACAAAACAGGACAUCACAACGGCAACACAUACCGUGACAGUAACAAAACAGGACAUCACAACGGCAACACCGACCGUGACAGUAACAAAACAGGACAUCACAACGGCAACACCGACCGUGACAGUAACAAAACAGGACAUCACAACGGCAACACCGACCGUAUCAGUAACAAAACAGGACAUCAAAACGGCAACACAUACCGUGACAGUAACAAAACAGGACAUCACAACGGCAACACCGACCGUGACAGUAACAAAACAGGACAUCACAACGGCAACACAUACCGUGACAGUAACAAAACAGGACAUCACAACGGCAACACAGACCGUGACAGUGGCAAAACAGGACAUCACAACGGCAACACCGACCGUGACAGUAACAAAACAGGAUAUCACAACGGCAACACAUACCGUGACAGUAACAAAACAGGACAUCACAACGGCAACACAGACCGUGACAGUGGCAAAACAGGACAUUACAACAGCAACACAUACCGCGACAGUAACAAAACAGGACAUCACAACGGCAACACAGACCGUGACAGUGGCAAAACAGGACAUCACAAUGGCAACACAUACCGUGACAGUAACAAAACAGGACAUCACAACGGCAACACAUACCUUGACAGUAACAAAACAGGACAUCACAACGGCAACACAGACCGUGACAUUUAA